AUGUCGCAAUGGUACAACUUCACCACCUUUGAUAUCGUCGGCAACCUCGCCUUCGGGGAGCCCUUUGACUGUCUGAAGGAUAAUAAGUAUCAUCCAUGGGUAGAGAUGAUUUUUUCGAGUGUGAAAGUCCUUGCGUUACGGCGUCCACUCGCAGUAUACCCAUUCCUGGCCCCGAUCGUCACAAGUCUGAUGCCGAGACGGCUCGCGAGGAUGCGCGAUGAGCAUUUCGCAAUGACGUCUGAGAAAGUGCGGAGGCAGGGGGAGGCUAAGACCGAUCGGCCUGAUUUCAUGACCUAUAUUUUACGGGCUGAUGAUGAUCGGUUCUUGAGUAUGAUGGAGAUGGAGGCGAGUGCGGCCAUUCUGAUCGGGGCGGGGAGUGAGACGACGGCUACUUUGCUUUCGGGGCUUACGUUCUAUUCAGUGUCUAAUCCUAGGGUUUGGAAGAAGCUUGUGGAAGAGGUGAGAGGGGCGUUCGGGGUAUGA